AUGAAGGGUGAUGUUGUUGUGAUUUCAGUUCUGGUCGUGCUAGCCAUGGUUCAGUUCAUGGUGAAGCCAGGACAGGCCGCUGUGACUUGUCAAGCAGUUAGUGAUUCUUUGGCUGCCUGCCUUCCUUACCUCACCUCAGGGGCUACGUGUCCCACGGCUGCCUGCUGUAAUGGUGUGGGGAGACUCCAGCAAAUGGCUCAAAGCACCGCAGACAAGCAGGCAGCUUGCAAAUGCGCUAAGGAAGAUGCUGCUCGUAUCCCCGACAUAAAGGAAGAUGCCGCCGCAUCUCUUCCUGCUAAAUGCAACAUUCAAGUCAACUUCCCAAUCUCCAAGGACAUCGACUGCGAGUCGUGA